GGAGCUGAGUCCGAGGUCCGCCUAAAAACCUAAAUAAUUUGCAAACUACGUUUCCCACUCAUUUCCGUAGGUCUGGUCUAUUUGGUGUAAGCGAAUACGGUGAGUGUUUUGGAAAGAUUCUGAUUAAUUUAUGUGAAAACCUCAAGUCUAGAAACCAAACUAAAAGUCAAAGCAUUAUUUUAUUUUUUUGACUGAAAGACUGGGUUACCGCUCCGUGACGAAGAAACUCCAUCCCGUCACAAGGUAUGUAAGCUCCAGUGACAUCCCAUCAUGGACUGACUCUGUUCCAGUUAGCAGCUUUUAUUUUUCCAUUGUAAACAAAACUUCGGUUUUGUUUAACCAUUUUAGGAGAUCAUGUUUAAAUGUGUCCACGUGUUAUGGUUCUUGAAGAGGCUAGAGCUGCUUCUUAUCUUGUGAAUUAUGAUUAAGCAUGAUUACAAUUAUAAAAAGCAACAAUACUUUUUUACAAUCUAUUCUCGGUUCAAUAUGAAUUAGCUAUAUAAUUGUAAACAAUGUACAGUCAUUUAUUUUCUUUGUGCACAGAACAAUAGGAUUAAAAUAGAGAUUAGUGGAUAAUCUCCAGUUACUGGCUACUGACUCAUAGGCUAAUCAUGUAGUGGUUUGUCAUCCCACAUGUUGCAUAGGCUACUCUUGCUCAUAAUUGUCAUGUUAACAAAACCCAGUGCUUAAUUUGAGCCGAAUCCUGCCGGAACAUGACACCUCUCAGUUUUGGACUGUUUCGUUCCGGAACCUAUUUGCCAGGAUCCGGUACCUCUCGUGGCAUGAAACAUAAUUUUCACUGUUGGCAAUGUAAAAAUUCGAAUAAACGCGAUCAGAGUUAAUUCGUGUUGCCUCCUCUGUAAUUAUCCUAACCCCCUAAAAAAACGUCAUGUGAAAACGUAGGUUUUCAUCCCGCGCCUGAUAUUCUAAGAAUUUAUUUGGGUUGGGCCAGCCCGGGUUUAUGACAUGAGCCUGCAACUACCAUCUCUCCAGAGUUGUACUUCAUAAUUUAUUUCCUAAUAGAAUCAUAGCCAUUUGCCGAAGUUAUAGAAUUACUGUCAUCUGUUCAAAAAUAAAUGAAAUAAUUCAGAAUACUACACCAGGAGUAGGCCUAUAAUUUAGCCACAGAGGAUCAAUAACUUCUUCUUUUUAAAUAGCCUAUCUGUGGAUUGUGUGUAGCCCAAUCACAAGCCAUUGCCUACAGUCGGGAAUGCGUGGCAAAUCUGUCAGUGAACAGCAUGCAGCCAAAACAGGCCAGUCAAUAUUUGAAAUACUGAACAAAAAUAUAAAUGCAACAUGUACAGUGUUGGUCCCAUGUUUAAUGAGCUGAAAUAAAAGAACCCAGAAAUUCUCCAUAUGCACAAAAAUAUUAUUUCUCUAAAAUGUUAUGCACACAUUUGUUUACAUCCCUGUUAGUGAGCAUUUCUCAUUUGCCAAGAUAAUCCAUCCACUUGACAGGUGUUGCAUGUCAAGAAGCUGAUUAAACAGCUUGGCUGGGCCUGGCUCCCCAGUGGGUCGGCCUGGCUCCCAAGUUGGCUGCACCCCUGCCCAGUCAUGUAAAAUCCAUAGAUUAGGGCCUAAUGAAUUUAUUUCAAUUGACUGAUUUCCUUAUAUGAACUGUAAGUCAGUAAAAUCGUUGAAAUUGUUGCAUGUUGCGUACAAUCGUGGGAUAGCACAGGUUGGAAAGCAAAUGGCUCCUGCUGAAAGAAAAAUACUUAUCUGUCUGUAGGCUAAGAAAAUAUUUUAUCAACUUCCAAAUAGGCCUAUUGAGCAAACAGCAUUAUUUUUACAAACUAAAACGAGAGAGAGAGGCUUUUGGCACGAGCGCAUCGGCCAUCAACGGUGAGUGAGCUGCGCAUCAUUGGGUGAGUCAGUGAAACUGAAAAGCUUUUUUAGGACUAUAACUUCCUCCCCAUAUUGUACAAUAUUUUUGUCUCCUCCACACACCUAGGCCUAGGCUAUUGAUGGAUUCAAGACGAGGUGAUUUUUUAUGAUCUCAAUUUGUAAUUGUCAAAGUAGCCUGACAUUUCAAUCAUUUGUGCGGUUUAAAAAAAGAUUCUGCUAAAGUCUCCUGUCAUGUAAAAUGACAUAGAAUUGCAUGAAAUGUGUUCAAUUUUUGUUCUGGCACCUCCCGAUUUACAAAUUAAGCACUGACAAAACCUAAAUCUCCCCUCCCCUUAUUCAUUCUGUAAGCUGUAGGUCCCUCUGAUGACUGUUAUCUUGGCCUAAUGUCUGUCCGAGUGCCAUCCAUGAGUGUGCUGCCUCCUGUUCGAAGGGACCGCAUCAUUGCCCAGCUUCCUCAGGUAAGCAUCAUACAGUACAUGCUAGCAGUCAAACAGUCAUUUGAAUGUGUUACCCUGUCUGGGCUUGCCCUCUAGGCUGCUUAAACCACCAGUCUCAUGAAGCUGUGUUCCUUAUGUUCUAAUCUAGUGUUACAGUAAGAAGGCUGCUGUGCACGCUAAAGAUGAGUUCAACUCCAAAGUGAAGACUGCCUGCCAGGAACAACGCACUGGCACAGUAGGGUGGGUAGGCCACAAAGCCAUUUCAUGUUCAAGAAAUACAGGUAGUUCCCUUAUUGCAUUAUGGGGAUGAGGGUGGUAUGUUGUCUCAUUGUGAUUUUUGAUUGUCUCUCUGUCUGUGUCACCUUCUCCUCCAGUAGGUUUAAAAUCGCUAAGGUCAUAGUGGUUGGUGACCUGGCCGUGGGAAAAACCUGUCUGAUUAAUAGGUAAGCAAAGUUUGGAUACUCCUAGUGCGUAGUACUUGAUUGCAGUAUGAGUCAACUGGGCCGUUUUGGUGAAUUAAUAACCAGAUGGAAUGCAGUGCAUACACCCACCCACCCAACUGGAAUACCGUAGGUUGUGUUUUUUACAGGUUGUUUGCAAGUACAGAUUGUCAUCAGAUUUUCCUAAUAAUUCAUGCCUUUUAGGUUUUGCAAGGAUGCAUUUGACAAGAACUACAAGGCGACCAUUGGUGUUGACUUUGAGAUGGAGCGAUUUGAAGUGUUGGGGGUGCCUUUCAGCUUACAGUUGUGAGUCUUACUCUACUGGUGUGUUCUACAGUAUUAAUCCCCAAAGCUAACCUGUGUCCCUUCACUCACCAAUAUCUCUCUCCUCUACAGAUGGGACACUGCGGGGCAGGAGAGGUUCAAGUGUAUUGCCUCCACAUACUACAGGGGAGCUCAGAGUAAGGGCUUUCUCUUUGAACAGUUUUUAUGUUUCCAUAUCAUUCAUUACGACCUACAACGUGUUGCCAUGUUCUUAGGGACAGAUUUGAUGAGGUUUGAGUUUACUAAUGAAGUUAAUUCUGUUUUCCAGCUAUUAUUAUUGUGUUUGAUGUAAAUGAUGUGGCAUCUUUGGGCCAUACAAGGUAAAAUACAUUAGAAUCAACUGACAUGAGUAUGAAUACGCAUUUCAGCUGCACGUGUGCUCUGUAAACUCUAUUUAACAUAUUUGAAUGUCGCUAUGUUCCACAGGCAGUGGCUUGAAGAUGCCUUGAAGGAGAAUGAUCCUACCAAUGUCCAGCUUUUCCUGGUUGGCACAAAGAAAGACCUGAGUGUAUGUGUUCACUCUUUUUAUAUACCAUUUUCAGAGGCACAAUUGAUCCGUUUUCUCCGCCCAUGUCAACUUCCAGAAGUUCAGACUAUAUACUGGAUACUAAGAUAUUGAAAAAGCUUCUGUGUACAAUGCAUGGAAUACUGUUUAUUAUUAUUAUUAUUAUUAUUAUUAUUAUUAUUAUAUGUUUUGUAUAUCUAUUGUGUUUGUAUUUCCCUCUUCUCUCUGUUAUUUCCUCAGUCUCCUGCUCAGUACUCUCAGAUUGAACAGGAUGCCAUCAAACUGGCUGAGGAAAUCAAAGCAGAGUAUUGGGCCUUGUCAUCAUUGACAGGUGGGUGGGCUAAUACAUCAGAUCAAUGUUGAGAUGGGUAGCAAUAAGACAGGAUGCAGCCUACUUGUUUGUAAGGCGGUAUUAUCAUUUGUGUAAACUAAUUGUCUAAACAUCUGAAGAACAAAUGUGACUUCAUGUUUUUUCCCCUCCUGUUCUUGUUGUAGGGGAAAAUGUGAGGGAGUUUUUCUUCCGUGUUGCAUCAUUGGCAUUUGAGGCCAACGUUCUGGCAGAGCUAGAGAAGAGUAGAUCAAGGCACAUUGGGGAUGUUAUCAGUGAGUAUACAGCUGUGCACUGUUAAAAUAUGGCAACAUGCUUUAUGUAAUAUUAAUAACAUCACUUCUCUCGCUACGUUAACCCUAACUAGGUUACAGACAGACCCUUGUAUGAGUAACAUAAGAAAGUCCUUUUUCAUGCGAGUUUCUUUUGUUUGUUUCAGAAAUUAACAGUAAUUCAAACAACCUGUAUGCAACAUCAAAGAAGAAACAGUCAAACUGUUGUCAAUGAAGACAAACACAUGACUACUACAGUAAAAAGGUACCAAAGCAAAAGGCAUAAUUUCCUCAGAAGAGAAACUGAGAACCCAUGACCACUCCCAGAGACAUGGAAUUUGCAGUGAGGCAGGACAGACUUUUGCCUUCACAGACAUUUUAUUUUAAUUUCUGCUGGCCCAGAAAGAACAGCUCCUUGGUUGGAUGUGGAUUCCUGUGGUGCUUGGCUCAUUUUUGCCUAUCUAGAGUUUUGGAAUAUAAUUUCCUCUGUGUCAUUGCACUCCAUACUGUACAAUUCCAGUUCUUGAGUCUUGACAGAAAUUGUGAUCGAGGUACUGCUUAAAUGGUUAUGGAGUAUGGACAAUCAUGGAUGUCUUCAAAUACCCAAUAUGGAUAUUUUUAAGACACUCCACCAUUAGCCCUAUUAGAUAUUUUACAGUGUUGUUUUGUAUAUUGUUGUUUGCAUGCUACAUGUUUUUUACACCAUUUGUAACUUUUGCAUAGAUGAAAACUCAUGACUCAAUCCUGGGAUGUUAUAUUAUGCUAGCUAAGGAGGAUGAUUACAUUGUUUAGAUAGUCCUAUUUUUAACAGCACAAUGGCAUUCAUACAGUAUAAGAGAUUAGUCAGAUGUACCUCAUCUACGCUAGAUAGAUACAAUAAUAUAACUGAGAAUUAUACAUUUUUAAUGAUGUGCGAUAUUUGAAUGACUGAUCUUACAUUAUCCCUCUAGUUGAAUACCAUUAUCAGAGUGAAAAGUGCAUACAUACACUACCGUUCAAAAGUUUGGGGUCACUUAGAAAUGUCCUUGUUUUCGAAAGAAAAGCAAUUUCUUUGUCCAUUAAAAUAACAUCAAAUUGAUCAGAAAUACAGUGUAG